CUCCCCAAUUCCCAACUUUCUCUCCUCUCUCUUUGCAAUUCUCUUCUCACCAUCUUUUUUUCCAUACUGAAAUUCUGACGAAUUUUUUGUGGAGAGGGAGGGGAGGGAGCCUUCGGACGGCGGAGUGAUGGCAGAAGGAAUGGCUUGGAAGAAGUGGACGGUGUCUAUGCUUAUAUUGCUGCUGUUUGUGCUGCUCAUUGCAGCUGUGGCUAGAUUUGGGGGAAAAGAAAUCCUGAAGUUGAGGUCGGAAGUAAUUGAAGAGGAGAUUGUAAAUGACGAUGCUGUUGAUGACCCAGAAGAGGUUGCAAGAAUGGUCGAAAUGGCCACUAGUAAUAAUACGAGAGCGAGACGAAAGCUGGGAUAUUUCUCUUGUGGAACAGGCAACCCUAUCGACGACUGCUGGCGUUGCGACCCAAAUUGGCACAAGAAUCGCAAGAAACUAGCCGAGUGUGGCAUUGGGUUUGGUCGCAGAGCUGUUGGUGGUCGGCAUGGUCGAUUCUACGUGGUGAGUGAUCCCAGGGAUGACGACCCGGUGAACCCCAAGCCCGGAACUCUGCGGCAUGCUGUUAUCCAGAAGCAGCCACUCUGGAUUGUGUUCAAGCGCGACAUGGUUAUAACAUUGAAACAGGAACUGAUCAUGAACAGCUUCAAGACCAUAGAUGGGCGUGGAGCGAAGGUCCACAUUGCUAAUGGGGGAUGCAUUACCAUCCAAUUUGUUACCAAUGUGAUCAUCCACGGGCUUCACAUCCACGACUGCAAGCGAACUGGAAAUGCCAUGGUUAGGAGCUCCCCCUCCCACUAUGGUUGGAGGACUAUGGCCGACGGAGAUGCCAUUUCCAUAUUCGGGUCGAGCCACAUUUGGGUGGACCAUAACUCGCUCUCGAGAUGCGCUGACGGUCUGGUGGAUGCUGUGAUGGGCUCCACCGCCAUUACCAUCUCCAACAAUCACUUCUCCCAUCACAACGAGGUGAUGCUGUUGGGACACAGUGACUCUUACACAAAGGACAAGCGAAUGCAAGUGACCAUUGCCUACAAUCACUUCGGGGAAGGCCUCAUCCAGAGAAUGCCAAGGUGCAGGCAUGGGUAUUUCCAUGUGGUGAACAACGACUACACUCACUGGGAGAUGUACGCCAUCGGAGGGAGCGCAAACCCGACCAUCAACAGCCAAGGCAACCGGUAUCUUGCACCGGCGAAUCCUUUUGCAAAGGAGGUGACUAAGAGGGUUGAAACCGCGGAGAGUAAAUGGAAAGGUUGGAACUGGAGAUCAGAGGGUGACUUGAUGCUUAACGGGGCGUAUUUCGUCCCAUCAGGCGGUGGGGGUGGGGGUGCUUCCAGCUAUAACAGAGCUUCAAGCUUAGGUGCCAAAUCCUCAUCCAUGGUUGCAUCCAUUACAUCUGAUGCUGGCGUCCUCACCUGCCGUCGAGGCCGCCCCUGCUAGCUAGCUAGCUAGCUAUCUUCAUGCAUGGUACGUAAGUUACUUUUUGAGCUUUUGUCCGAUUCAUUGGCAAGUGUACAUGAUGCAAUACGAUAAUAUUACUAUAGUCGACCUCGGCUUGCUUCCAGAUAGAUAGAUGGAUAGAUAGAUAAUUAGGGACGCGCCACUCUACACUGAUCCAUCCAUCCAUCCUGUUUAGGAAGUGUUGCCUUGUGUUGUGUUCUAAUUAGACGUCCGUCUCUUCUUAAUGUGUUUGCACGCACUUCUGUGGAUCGUUAAUUAGUUAGUUUAGAAGAGAACAGAAGAGAAGAGAUGAGAUACAAAAGUGAAUUAAAAGGCGUUUCUUUGUUUUGAAAUGAUUGAUUGAUUGAUGUUUGUUGAUCAGUUAGUACCCUCACCCAUUUCUGAUUAAUUUGUUU